AUGUACGGGAAAGUAACUAAUAAUUGUGUUGGCAAAGUUUAUAUCAACAUAAGCAAGGACUUCAUAUCUAAGGCAGAUCGUAAUCGUUGCAUUUCGAGCGAGCCGCAGUUCACAUUCGAGGAAGUUCGGUCAUAUGUUUCGGACAGCAGUUGCGAUAGUUCCUACUCCUCAAUGGCCCCAAAUGGUGCUGCACCACGGACGAAUUCGUUUACUACUUCCUAUAUUAAACAACAACAACAGCAACAGCAACAACAGCAGCAGCAACAGUACCAGCAGUCUCGACUUUCUGGACGAAAACAUGGAACUGUCGAAUAUGGUUCUCCAGUACCGGAUUUGCAGCGUUAUAGUGCAACAUUGCCACAAAGCGAUGUUUCGCAACAAUCAAAUAAAGCAGCACCUCCGGCGCAUGGGUCGAAAGCAGCCGAUCCUGAUCGA